AGUGAAUGUUAAAAUGGCGCCCAGCUCCGGGGAGAGAAUAGCGACAAAUAAAGAAAAGAGAAAAAGCCAAAUCGAGGUUUUCCCCUGUUUUCGAUCUGGAGGUUCACUGCCCGUACCAAAACCGGUUCCUGUUCUUCCUGCAGUAAUACCAACUCCGUUGCCUAAACUACCAGAACUAGUUUUUGCAACAGAGUUGGAGGAGAAGGUAAAAUGUUUCAAAGCCAAACCAUUGGACCAGGAUGAAUCAGAACCAGUGAUCUGUGAUAUUAUAUUGAUCGAAAACAUCUUUCAACAAGGUACUACUUCUACAUUAUCUUCACUACUGUGUAUGGAGGCAGAACCAGUUCCAUCUCUACCUGCCCCACCACCAGCCCAGCUUAAACCCAAACCAAACCAAGGCUGCGCCAAACAUUCAAGAUGUCACUGUAACCUCAUGUCUUUUGAUACCCCAGACUUUUUUGUUCUUAAAGCAUAGCAUGUGAAACUUAUUAUAUUACGGAGAGUUGAAAUUCAAAAUGAUCUUAAAUCCCACAAAAGUUGGACCAAUAAAAGAUCGACUGAUCAUCAGAAAAGACCCACGAGGGCUCCGUAAAACAAAAUGAGUUUAACUUCUAAUUCAAAAUUCUGAAUCAAGAAGUUGAUUGCAAUUUAGAACUUUUCUUAAUUUUACUCAAAUGACAAUUGAUGAUAUCAAUGUAUUAUGUUUUUUUUUUUUUUAUAAACAGUACCCUAUGAUCAUGAAAACAGCUGCUCAAUGUGGAGAAAUUAUUUUAAUAGAUUUUUGGAUCCUUUUACAAUCUGUUAAUUUACGUGUAAUAUAUAUGAUAUAUUUAUGUAUUACAAUUUACCUUUAUAAAAUGAUUAAUAAAACCAUUUUGUGUUUCAAUAAAAUG